UGAAUAUUAACCCAAAAUGAAUAGAAAACAGUUCUCUCAGGACAGCAACGGGUCAUCCAAAAGUGACGUAGAGUGAUACGAUUGCCUCUACACUAAAGAUAAACACAAGAAGGAUACCAAUCGGGUCUGGAACGAUGGUAUAUUCAUCUACAACAGAGAUACAGGCCAGAUGAUCAUCUAUGACUCGAUAGAUAAAGAUACGAAAGUAGCUCAACAGUUUAAAAAGAAUUGGGUCCUGUACGAUGAAAGUGAGAUUGUUCACUUCCCAAUGUGCCUCUGAACACUUGAAGCAAAAAGAGACACUCCUCAUAAGUACAUUAAAUCGAUCCCAGAUAUCAAAAGUGUCAGACUGAAAAGUGCUCCAAAGACCAACCGCUUCCUUGACAAAUUUACUAAGAAAGAAGGGAAAAUAAAAGUUGAGAAAUUGAAGAGGAAGAAGUUCAAGGUUCCUGAGAAAAAGAAGGAGGAAGCACCAAGUGGGUCUCUCCAUUACAACUCUAGUGCAACCAAAACAAAUUACUACAGUUAUGGCAAACCAGGGUUUAAGAACAAUCAUGCUCCUCUCCAAGGAAGUAAACAUAGGUCUCCUACCAAAGCUCCACACCAAAAGUUUGAUGAAGAUGAAAUGGCUGCCUUUUUAGAUGAUUUUGUCAAUGAAGAGGAACAACCAGAGAAGCAAAAGCAAGUAAAACCUGCAGCAACAGUUGACCAAGAUGUAAAUGACUUCUUCAGUCGAGUAAAAGGUGUCAACAAAAAGCCUAAAUUCAACAAAACUGAGCAUGUUCUGAAACAAAUCUCAGAAAGCGAUUCCGAAAACUCGCCCAACUCUGAAGACGAGGAUGUUCAGCUAGAGAGAAAAAUAAAGAUGCUCUCUGGACUUGACUCCAUAAAUGCAAAAUCAUCUAAAGAAAGCAUGAUUAUUAACACUAUUGAUCUGCCCAAACCCAAGUCUACUGUUCCUAACCCAGAAAUUAAGAAGGAAAAGGAUCACAAGUUAGCAGAAGACCUUGCUGACAUAAAACUUCUCGAGAGAAGAAAAGAAGGUGACAUAACUUGCAACGAAUCCUGUAAUGAAGGCGAUAUGUUAGAUCUCCUUAAUGCAGGGACUGAGCAAGAGUCUUCCAAAGAAGAUAAUAGCCAAGAUAUCCAAACACUGUUAGGGAAAAGAAGAACCAGAGACCAAAUGGAGACAGAUAACCUUGUGCUCCCUUCUCCAACAAGAUUGGAAAAACGUGCAAAUAUACAUUUCAAUGAUGAGGAUAUCGAGGAGAUCUCAAGAAUGGUUAAUGUUCACUCGAAUGAAAACCUUGAAUCUUUCGAAAGGACAAUCAUCGAUCUCCAAGAAAGUCCUCUAGAUGUGGAAAAUUACAAUGAUGUGUACAGAAACAGAAGGAAUUAUUCUAAAUAUUACAUUCUAUCACUCCUAGAGAUGCUGAAGUACGAAAUAGAAGAAGACUUCAACAACAAGAAAGCACGUGAGAUCCCGAUCAUCUCUGUCAGUCUUGACUCAGUUACCAAGAAGAAAAAGAAAAAAGGCAGUACGUUCCAGAAAAAGAUGAAGAAGCUCAAAAAGAAAACAGAGAAAGAGACGAAAGCUUAUUCAGAAAAUCUUCAGCUCAAAUCCAAAAAGCAAAUGGAAUCAAGGAACAAGACUCUUGAGAAAAAGAUCAAUGCGAAAGAAACUGGAGCUGCAGACCCAGAUACAGAUUCACAGGAGGAAGUCCAGGCUAAUGAUGAGGAUGAGGAAGAAACCUAUGAACCCGGAACUGCCUUUAAGAGUCUUACUAAGCAAAAGGAUCUUCCUCCUGUUACUGAAGAAGCUGAAAUCCAGCAGGAAAAUACUAAUCCUGAUCAAAAGGAUGAACAAAAAGAAGGCGAUACAGACUCUACUGCUUUAGCAAACAUGAUUAAAGCUGAUAAAGAGCAGAAGAAAGAUGCUGAAACCAUUGAGCAAGAAGAAGAUGAAGCAGAAGGUGACAUCAUCGAUCAUAUUUCCAUUGAUGAAGAAGAUGAACUCCUCAACGACUCUCAAGAUGAGGACCUUGAUGAAGACCAAGAAGAGGAGAAGACUCAAUCCCAAACAGAUGAAAAUACAACAGAUGUCUUCUUUCUUAAUAUUGAAGAAGAAGAAUACCCUCAAGCCCUUAAAAAGAAUGCUCAGAAAGAUGACAUGUGGGUAUUAAUGAAGACCUGAAUGAAUACCACACAGAAGCUCAAGGAUAUCAAUGACUUCAUCUUUGUCAAAACAUGCUGGCAUGGACUUGGCAAAGCUAAGAAAAUCAAGGUGAAAGUCAUCGGAAAUCCAGCUGAUAUAAAACCAAGGAUGAAAGAGUAUAAAUUUGCGUUCAGAUCUAUCAAUGUCAGUCAAUAUGCCAGCUUAGUUGAUAACUUGAUAGCCUUCAGAGAUGGGCCCAAGAAUAGAUACCUUGAUAGUGUAUUGUAUAUCAACAAAACAACCUUCUUUGAACCUCUGAUUGAGUGAAAUAGGAGUGAUGUUGUCAAAAUGAAAGAUUACUUUAGCCAAGAGUUCAGCCUAAAUAGAGACCAAAGAUACGUCAUGGAAGAGUGCAUCAAGUGGUUCCUCCCAAAAGACAGAAGUAAUGAUGCAAAGCAAAAUGUUCUCUUAGUUCAUGGAGCAUUUGGAUGAGGAAAAUCUUAUAUGCUAGUUGCUAUUAUCAGAUUCAUAUCUGCCCUAUUAGAUCAUAUUGGAGAUACAGAAAUAAAAAUUUUAGUAUCUACACUAACAAAUGUUGCUGUUGAUCGAAUCUUACUUUUAUUACUCGAGACAGGAUUUCAAGACUUUGCCAGAGUAGGAUCAUUACAAAAAAUCAAUAAAAUGCUGCUUCCCUACUCCCAUCAUGCGAGUUGAAAUAAUACUUCCAGAAAAGAAGCUCUUAAAGAGCUUGAUGGAAUCAGAAAAGAUUUGCAUAGUUUAGAAAAGAAAACACCAAAAACCUGGGAAGAAAUCAACUCUGUAGAGGCGACUAUAAAAAGCCUCAAAGAACAGACAGUUAGUGAGAGAAGAGAGCAGCUAAGAAGUAAGCGGGUUGUGGGAUGAACUCUUGCUGCUACCACUUUUGAGGUUCUCAAGAAAACUACCUUCAAAAUAGUCAUUCUUGAUGAAUGCUCUCAAAUGCUUGAGCCACAUAGUUUACAAGCUAUAGUUCCAUUUGGAUGUGAGAAACUAAUUGCUGUUGGUGAUCCUCUUCAGCUACCUCCUAUAGUCUCACUAGGCUUCAAAGAUUUAUAUGACAAGCAGAAGCAGGAUGACAGAUCUUUAUACAAGCCUCUAUUUGUGCGGCUUCAAUAUGACCAGCUUGAGACGAUUUUGCUCAGAGUUCAAUACAGAUGCCAUCCUGCAAUUGGCGAGCUUUCUAACAACUUAUUCUACGAGAAUGAACUUGAGCACGGAGUAAAUGCUCAAAGCAGAGAAAGACUCCUUUCAGAAUUUGAAGCUAUCAACUUCAUAAAUGCAGAUAAAGGAGUUGAAACUAAAAGUGAAGUGUCUUAUUGAAAUUACUAUGAAGCUAAGUUCAUAGUGGCAUUGCUUGAGUACCUCCAGACCAUCAUUGAGAACAAAAAGAUUGCCUUCCUAGAGCAAGGAAUUGAAGAAGAACCAGAUUUCACAAUAGGAGUAAUCGUGACAUACAAAGCUCAAGAAGAUCUUAUAAAAAGAAUAAUAAGCGAGACCAGAAUUGAGAGCCUCAAGCACAUCCAGAUCUCCACAGUUGAUGCAUUCCAAGGUGCUGAAAGAGACGUAAUCAUCCUUGGCUGAGUUCGUACCAGAAGUCUUGGUUUCAUGAAUGAUUACAGAAGACUUAAUGUAGCUAUUACCAGGGCCAAAAGACACUUGAUUCUUGUGGGUCAUGAAAAAUUGCUCAAGAAGAAUCCUCAAUGGAAAUACAUCAUUGAUAACACAAAAGUGUUGAAGAAGGGAUACAAGAAAUGAGAAGAAUACUUAGCAAAAGCGAAGAUCUUUAGAGAGCUUCUUUCAGGAAUGUAA